UUUGUUCCCUCCAUAAUGGCGGCUUCCGGAUGUGUCCCAGUGAUGUCACUGGAAAGCGGUCUAUCACUGAACCGGAGGGAUACAUUAAACGGACCGAUUGCCGGCGGCGGCUGCGUGAGGACGGGAGCGGUGAGGGCUGCCAACAAGAACAUCCAGGUGGAGCUGGAUUGUGGGAUCCAGCAACUCCAGACUGGGGUCUUCCAGCUGAAAGUGUCAUCAGAACAAGAUAAUGAGCUACAGCCAGGAAACGCUACAGAACAACCUGUGCCUGUAACUCUGGACAAGAGGCCAAAGGAAGAACCCAUGCUGCUAAACCAUCAAAAGGUCGAAACCCCUCAGAAAAAGAAAAGUAAAGUGUGGUGCAAUAAGCACAUAGCUGAAGCUGAGAGGAUUGGAGAGAGGCAGAACAAUGACAGAGAUGGAAGAGAGAAGAACUCCACAGCUUCUGGAGAAGGACAGUGCCUGUCUUCAGAAGAGCAGCUUUGGCGGGAAGUGGACUGGUGCAUUGAGCAACUAGAACUUGGGCUACGCACUCAGAAAGCCAAACCAAAACAAGCUGAGCAGGCUGUUCGUGCACUGAAAACCCUCCGCAGUGAGAAAGCACCACUUGUGAAGAAACGGCAGGUGAUGAGGUCCAUUUUUGGAGACUACAGGAAAAAGAUGGAAGAGGACUGGCAGAAGCAGUUUAAAUCUAUGCUUGCAGCUACAAAAUCUGCCAGCAUCAAACCAGUUGGAACACAGACAAAGAGCCAAAUCUUUCGGAAAUCAGUGAGCAGUUCGAAAAAAGUUGGGGAUUUCUCUGAAUCUCACUCCAUGAAAUCAGAGGGGAGCACAGUUCAAUGUGUGCAAGAUGAGGACCACCAAAGUCACUUCCGGUUUAAUUUCUUCUGA